GCUAGCCAGAUCGCAACACAGAAAGCUAAUGCACAUGCUGGUGUUAUGUACAUCAUUAGCUGCUGAAAGAUAUAAUGCUCACAACACAGGUGUGGUAAAGCUCGCAAACAAGCCCUUUAUGAGAAUAAUUAGUACAAAAUAUGAUGCACUUUUAUGCAUAUACUUUAUAGGCAUAUUUUUCCAGAAGAUUUGGUUUCAAUUUGACUGCAUUGAAGACGUUUGUUGUUGUUGAGAAGAAUGUCUGACAAGAGUGAGCUGAAGGCUGAGCUGGAGAGGAAGAAACAGCGGAUCGCCCAGAUUCGAGAAGAGAAGAAGAGAAAAGAAGAGGAGAAAAAGAAGAAAGAUGUGAGUGGCCCGAGGUGUAAGGCUCCAAACAAGAGGAACUCAUCUUGUCCUUGUUGUGUACAGGGAGACUCCAAGCGUGGUGUGGACCAUGAAGACUCUGACCUGGAGAGGAAGAGGAAGGAGGCAGAGGCCAUGCUGCAGAGUGUUGGCAUCACCUCAGACAUAACACACGCUCAGCCCCUCAGGGUAGUAACAGAAGAUACCUGUCUGUUUCACUACCUAGUCCCCGCCCCCAUGUCUCCCUCCAACAAAUCAGUGGGCAGCGACGCAGGAAGCCAGGAUUCUGGGGACGGAAACGCCGGACCAAGGACAUUGCACUGGGACCCUGACCCCUCUACUCUGCAACUCCACUCCGACUCUGAGCUGAUGGGGCGUGGGGCGGUGAAGCUCACCAUGUCCAAAGUGACUCAAGUGGACAUUGUCCCUAAAGAAAUGGUGUCUUACUCCAAAGAAACCCAGACCCCCACUGAAGCUCACACAGAAGAAAAAGCUGAUGAGGAUGAGGAUGAUGAGAUAAGUGCCCCCCCACCGACAGAGGACACACAAGAAGACAAAGAAGACCAGGGUGACCAGCAGGAGGAGGACACAAUCAAAGAGCUGACUGAAGAAGAGAAGCUGCAGCUCCUGCACUCUGAGGACUUCCUGACCUUCUUUGAGCGUGGCAGCAGGAUUGUGGAGCGAGCGCUGGCCGAGCAGGUGGACGUCUGCUUUGACUACAGCGGGCGAGACCUGGAGGACAAAGAGGGGGACCUGCAGGCAGGAGCCAAGCUGGUUCUGAACAGACAGUUUGCUGAUGAACGCUGGACAAAAAACCGAGUGGUCACCUGUCUGGACUGGUCUCCUCAGUACCCAGAGCUGCUGGUGGCCUCCUACAACAACAAUGAAGAUUGUCCCCAUGAGCCUGACGGAGUGGCGCUGGUGUGGAACAUGAAGUACAAGAAGGACACACCAGAGUACAUCUUCCACUGCCAGUCAGAGGUGAUGUCAGCCAGCUUUGCAAAGUUUCACCCCAACCUGGUGGUGGGCGGGACUUACUCGGGACAGAUCGUCUUAUGGGACAACCGCAGCAACAAGCGCACACCUGUCCAGAGAACUCCCCUGUCUGCAGCUGCACACACUCACCCGGUCUACUGUGUGAACGUGGUGGGCACCCAGAACGCCAACAACCUGAUCAGCAUCUCCACAGAUGGCAAGAUGUGCUCGUGGAGCCUGGACAUGUUGUCCCAGCCGCAGGACAGCCUGGAGCUGGUGUUCAAGCAGAGCAAGGCGGUGGCCGUCACCUCCAUGGCCUUCCCCCUGGGUGACGUCAACAACUUUGUAGUGGGCAGCGAGGACGGCUCUGUGUACACCGCCUGCCGCCAUGGAAGUAAGGCGGGCAUCACUGAGGUGUUUGAGGGCCAUCAUGGUCCUGUGACAGGCCUGAGCUGUCAUACUGCUGCAGGACCUGUGGACUUCUCCCAUCUCUUCAUCUCUGCUUCUUUCGACUGGACCGUCAAACUGUGGAGCACCAAGAGUACCCGCCCACUUUACUCCUUUGAGGACAGCUGCGACUAUGUGUACGAUGCCAUGUGGUCUCCUACGCACCCUGCUCUGUUUGCUUGUGUGGACCUGGCUGGACGUCUGGACCUGUGGAACCUCAACAACGACACUGAGGUUCCCACUGCCAGUGUGUAUGUGGAGGGGGCUCCAGCGCUGAACCGCGUGCGAUGGGCUCACACCGGAAAAGAGAUCGCCACCGGAGACUCUGAGGGACAAGUGCAGGUGUACGACGUGGGCGAGCAAAUCUGCGUCCCCAAAGCAGACGAGUGGACUCGCUUCGUCAGAACUCUCGCUGACAUCAACCAGAACAGAGAUGAAGCUGAGGAGCUGGCCAACGUUUGAUCACACCACACUUUAUCCAGAAAUCACACCCACUACACCACACUUUAUCCCUAAAUCACACUACUCAUCCCUGCUGGACGUGGAGGACCUGGCUGUGCAUCUCCUCCUCUUCAUCAUGACUGUCCAUCUCCUCCUCCUCAUCAUGACUGUCCAUCUCCUCCUCUUCAUCAUGACUGUCCAUCUCCUCCUCAUCAUCAUGACUGUCUAUCUCCUCCUCCCUCCUCCUCAUCAUGACUGUCCAGCUCCUCCUCCUCCUCAUCAUGACUGUCCAGCUCAUCCUCCUCAUCAUCAUGACUGUCCAUCUCCUCCUCAUCAUCAUCAUGACUGUCCAUCUCCUCCUCAUCAUCAUGACUGUCCAUCUCCUCCUCAUCAUCAUGACUGUCUAUCUCCUCCUCCCUCCUCCUCAUCAUGACUGUCCAGCUCCUCCUCCUCCUCAUCAUGACUGUCCAGCUCAUCCUCCUCAUCAUCAUGGCUGUCCAUCUCCUCCUCCUCCUCGUGGCUGGCCAUCUCCUCCUCAUCAAGACUGUCCAUCUCCUCCUCAUCAUCAUGACUGUCCAUCUCCUCCUCCCUCCU